ACACACACACGCAAAACGCCGAAAUGUCAUGUUUUAUCCACCAUCAUGUUUUUUCUACUUCUUUUUUUAUCGAUGUGUUUUGAAUAUCAGCUCUAGUCAGUCAUAGAUUUACGGAAAUAGCAAGCGUAGUUUUUUUUUUAAAUUGAAGUAAAGGAUGUAAACAUAGUUUUUUUUAAUUGAAAAAGCGCCUUUAAGUGAAAUUCCAACACGAAAGUGAAGCAAUUUAAAGCACGAUUUUUUUUGUUAUUGUUGUUGUGUGUACGAAACGAUAAGAGAAGAGAAAAAAUGAUAUCAUCACUGCUGAGUUUUUUAUUCAAAGUGUUCUUGUUUAUCUUCCGAGCGAUUCGAUUAGUUUAUGAUUUGGCUUGCGCCACAAGUGUGGGAUUUUUGUUCUGUGUUGGAGUUGUAAUAUUUGUGCUCAGUCGAUAUUUUCGAUUGAAACAACCGAAUUUACCACCAAACUUAAUCGAUGCCAUUGGCGGUAAUCAACAUAUCGACAGCAGACAAUGUUCAACGGGACGACAGCAAAAUCUUCGAUGCGAUUCAAGUGAUACGAUUGAAUGGUGGCCGAUUGCAAACCGUGCCGCUUGCUUGGAUGGUGUGGAAAAUUCACGUUCUUCAAUUGAAAAAUGCGUAGCGCAAUCGUGUAGAUAUAUCUUAUUGGAUGUGGACAUAACGAAAUGUGGCCAACUGGUGAUUUUGCAUGAGAAAACAUUGCACCGACUGGAAAAUGAAGUGCCAAAUGGUUUUGAUGAAGCUUCCCAUAAGCCUCAGGUGUCUUUUUCGAAAAUAAACUCAAAAAAAUUGGACGAUUUGAAAUCGAUGAACAUUGCGAAAAAUCAUCCAUUAUGUGAAAAGCAUCCAAAUGAACCGAUACUACAAUUCAAUGACCUCAUGCACUUGCUCGAUGUGCAUGAAAAAAUUAACAUUUUCCUAUUGAUGGGCUCAACAAACAAGCAAAUCGUUUCGAAUAUUUCGCGAUAUUUUGAAAACAAUCCCGAACGCUUCAAGCGAAUCGUCGUGUGCAGUCGCUCACCGAAAGUAAUAUUCCAGCUUCGAAAACAGAAUCCGCAAUUUAUUUGUGCUCUUUGGUUGGAUAAAGUGACCAAAAUCAAUUUACCAUCAAUUUUGUUGAAUUCAACGUUCUUUUCAUUCCUGUAUGGAUUGCUGUAUCGAAACAUAAUCGCUGUGCUGACCGGCAUCAGUGCGGUCUUCAUCAACAAACACGAUUUUAAUGCGCACAUAGGGCAAAUGUGGCGUCAAUCGAACAUCCAGCCCAUCGUGUACGCAUUGAAUUCACCAAAUGAGAAACGUUAUUUCCAACACACACUUCGUACUCAAUAUCUGACGGAUUCGUUGCGUUCUGAGCCAUCGAAUUUUGUCAAAAUCCGAAAAUGAAAUUCAUUCCAUUGCAACUAGUCGGUUAUUGGCCUUUAUGUGAUAGGCAACACAAAUCAAUCACAAAUUAAAAUAAAACCUAUGAAAGAAAAGCACUUGUUCAACAGAAGCAUCUAGAAAAUAGAGUUAAAUAUACAAAGCCUUACAAAUCUGCUUAAAUCUAACUUAGACGAACGGAAUUACCGAAAGAGAGACCAAAUCAAUACAUACACAUACACACAUACAAAACGCAGCUAAAAAAUGGGAAAUCAAAUGGACUUUGCAUAUAUUUUUUAAUGAGUUGUAAGUUCAACGUUUCGUCGAUGGUAAUGGCGUUGAGGCGUUUUUGCACCUAGUCAUAUUUCGGUUUCAAAAAUAUCUUUGUAAAAAAAAACAACAACGUAUUUAAUACACACUCGCAGAUAGACCUAAGGUUUGAAAAAGAGGCAAGUAAACAAAUAGUGUGUAAUAUCGUCGGCACACAAGAACACAAUGUAUGUAAAACUAUAAAUAUUGUAUAAAAUUUCGCUAUCGAGUGAAUAAAAAAAGAGUAACGUUUAAGCAAUUGAAAUUGA